AUGGAGUUUGACCUUCAAAACCCUUUGUCAAAUCUUCACUCCGAUGCCGUCUCUUACCUCUUCCUCCUUGAAUCUGACCACACCCCAUCACAGAAUCACUCUCACACUCUCAAAGCCAGAGAUCUUGACAUCUCUGCCAGAAGAGAACUUGUUUCCCUAAUCUCACAGUUAUCCUGCACUUUGGAUCCGGUUUUGUCUUACCUUGCUAUCAACUACCUGGAUCGGUUCUUAGCCAGACAAGGCAUUUUGAAACCGAAGCCAUGGACCCUCAGGCUCAUUGCUGUCUCAUGCAUUUCGCUAGCUAUGAAGAUGAUGAGAACUGAAUGCCCUGAUGUCCAGGCCCUUCUGAGUCAAAGUGAUGGGGGCAUCAUCUUUGAGACGCAAACGAUAAGAAGAAUGGAAGCACUUAUCUUGGGAGCAUUACAAUGGAGAAUGCGAUCGAUAACCCCAUUCUCUUUCAUAACUUUCUUCAUUGCCUUGAUGGGGCUCAAAGACUCGCCAAUGGGGACGGUUCUGAAAAACCGUGCCUCUGAAAUCAUAUUUAUGUCACAAAGAGAGAUAAGGCUUUGGGAGUUCAAGCCAUCUAUAAUUGCAUCAUCUGCCCUUCUGUGUGCUUCCCAUGAGUUGUUUCCUUUUCAAUAUCCCUCCUUCUUAAAAGCAAUAUCCGAUUCUUCUGAUGUUGAUAAAGAAAGCGUGGAGCAGUGCUACAAAGUGAUACAAGACAUAGCCAUAGAGGAGGAGUACGAGUCUGCGUUGAAUGGGGUUUCAAGGUCAGACACGCCGAUUAAUGUGUUGGACCAUCAUUUUCUGAGUUCAGAAAGUGAAAAAACCAACGGAAUCACCGUUUCUGAUUCUCCUCUGAGACAAGAGAGGGACCUCAAAAGAAGGAAAAUCACUCCUUGUGGAAACAAUCCAACGAUCCACAAUUCUUGGAUUAACUAA